AUGGAGAUUCACGGAAUAUUGAAAACACCCGUCGAGAUUCGCAGCGCUAUCCUGCGUCAAUUACCGAGAGUUGAAGACAUUUUCUCUGCCAUCCAAAGCAAUAGGUCACUAUACGAGGCACUUGGAGAAGACAAAACCACCGUUUCUCAUGUACUCCACAAGCAAAUAGAUGCCAAACUCCUGCCGUACGCUGCAGCCUUUCUUGAGCUCGACAAAACCUUUCGCAUUACGCGUCAUCAUAAAGAUGUGAUCAUCGAGAAUUACUUUUCUCUCACCUCCUCACAAGCUAGUAAAAAGCUAGAACAGAUAAAUCUUCGUGAGGCCCGGCAUGUCAUGGAUCUUCACAAGACAGUUCAAAGGCUCGCGACGGAAUAUUCGGCUCAGGCACAGGCUCUACUCCAGAAUGAGAAGCUUUUCAAGACUUCAAUGCUCUCAUUCACCCCUUCGGAGAUCUAUCGUAUAGAGCGUAGCUUCUAUACCCUUGAACUUUAUGGUUCACUAUUUGGACAAUCGCGCUCUCGGUUGUCGCGUGAUGAUCAGAUCAAUCUGUUUUUCAAACGAUUUGCGCCUUGGGAGAAUGAACAACUUGCCUGUGUUCAUGAUUUUCUUCUUGAUGAAUUGAAGCCCGCCUUCAAUGAAGUAGCCGCUCAUGACAUUAAAUUUGGUGAGCUUUCUAUUCCGUGGGUCAAGUAUGAGAGCUCCUGGAUACAAGGCUACCUCUCACUAGGGGUCAAAUACCUCGGAAAAGUGAUAACAGCUUCCACCUACGAAGAGCGACAUCGUCUACUAGACGAAAAGCUUCUACUUGCUGACAACACACCGGUCCUGGACGAGUGCCUCCUCGACUCGAAUGAUCUCUAUUUUGGAGGAGAAACGGAUGAACUCGAUGAUCACGCUAUGCGAAAAUUACGUCAAUUACCAAGCCCAUAUACCGCAUGCGACCCUGACACCGGCCCAGCAGACAUAUGGUUCCAAGCCCACGAGGGAGAUGACAGCACCCAAUACGUGUCGGCUGAGCCUCAUCGGGCUAGUCGGAAAAUUGGGUACGUGAUGAUGGAUCUUUCGCGUAAACAGGAUAUGGCUAGCUUUGACGGUCCUCAGAAGUCUAUUGAGUGGGAUAAAUAUGAUGAUGAGAACUAUCAUGAGGAAUAUGCACGACAGCUGAAAUCAUUUGAGAUAAGAUCAGAUAUCUAUCUUAGAGGUGGAAGAGGCUGGUGGAGCGAGGGUGAUACUACUAGGAUUCAAUGGCAUGACCCAUCAAGCCUCUAG